AUGAUAAAAUUAGAAUAAAAACAACGAUUGAAAAAAUAAUCUGAAAGUUAAGGUGAUACAGUAGAUAUAGUUGGUUAUUCUGGAAAAAGGGAAACUUUAAAAUAAAGUGUUGUUGCGGCAAUCAAAUAGAAGAGGGAUCAAUUGCUUGUGAAAAAUACUAUGAAUUACAUAGAACCAAUGAAACUACCAGAAAUUGAAAUGGUUGAUGGAAGUUUAUAUGAAGGGGAAUGGAUGAAAGGAUAAAAAUGGGGAAAGGGACGAUUGGUUUAUAAGGAUGGUUCCAUUUAUGAUGGUGAAUGGAAAUAAAAUAUGGCGUAAGGAAAUGGAAAGUUAAUUCAUACUGAUGGUGAUAUUUAUGAGGGUCAAUGGAUAGAUGAUAGGGCCAAUGGGUUCGGAAUAUAUGUUCAUUCUAAUGGGGCGACUUAUAAGGGAUUAUGGAAAGAUGAUCAAUAAAAUGGGAAAGGAUAGGAAGUUUGGCCAGAUGGUUCAUAAUAUGAAGGAGAUUACUUUGAAGGUAAAAAGCAUGGUUAUGGUAAAAUUCAAUUUUAUGAUGGGUCAGUUUAUUAAGGCCAAUUUGAAUAAAAUAAUAUUCAUGGUACUGGGAUAUAUUCUUGGUUUAAUGGAAAAGUCUAUGAUGGAUAAUGGGUUCAGAAUAAAAUGAAUGGGAAGGGUACUUUGAAAUGGCCUGAUGGAAAGAAGUAUGUGGGUGAAUACUAGAAUGACAUCAAACAUGGUUAUGGAGUAUACUAUUGGGAGGAUGGAAGAAUAUAUGAUGGUAUGUGGAAAGAUGGAUAAUAACAUGGAGAGGGGAUCUAUGUAGAUAAUAAUGGAAUGAAGAAGAAAGGAAUUUGGGAAGGUGGAAGAAGGGUUAAAUGGGUAUGA